AGGAAUUUCCCCCUGGAAAGGGUGUUCAGGCCUUGGCAGGGGCUGCCCAGGGAGGUUUGGAGUGCCCAGCCCUGGAGGUGCCCAGGGCAGGACUGGCCGUGGUGGGGAUGCCAAGUGCAGAGUGCCAAGGUGGGGAUGGGGCACAGGGUGGACUGGGUGGGCUGGGAGGGCUUUCCCAACCUCGGGGGUCGUGUGGCUGCACCCCAGCUGUGUCCCAGUGCCCUCCCUGUCUGUGCCAGGCUCUCAGGGUGUCCAUGGAGGAGCAGAGGCAGCGGCAGGAGGAGGAGGCCCGAAGGGCUGCGGCCGCCUCGGCCGCCGAGGCCGGGAUUGCGGCCACCGCCGGGGAUGAGUCGGACGAUGCCCUGCUCAAGAUGACCAUCACCCAGCAGGAGUUCGGCCGGGCGGGGCUGCCCGACCUCAGCUCCAUGACGGAGGAGGAGCAGAUCGCCUACGCCAUGCAGAUGUCCCUGCAGGGGGCUGAGUUUGCCCAG